AUGGAACUCCCGACGCGGCCACGGGAUGCGUCCGUGGGCUACGGCAUAGACCACCGACGCGACAGCAGCGGCAGUUAUCCCGAGGAGCGCCCGCAUCACUUUCUUCAAUCUCACCACACUCACAACGCCCACAAUGCAAACUACACAGACCUCUCCCACGCACACCACAAUUCAGCAACAAGGCCUAACGCUGCGUCUACAUCGGCACGAACACGCCGCGGCAGUGGAGAACCGUCCAAACAGCUCGCGUGUUCCAGCUGUCGUAAAAGAAAAAUCAAGUGCCAGCCCGACCAGAAUGGUGGCCGCUGCCGAGCAUGCUUGCGGUCGGGCGCCGAGUGUAUGAUCCCGGCUGUCGACGAGCGCAAACUGUCCAACAGUAAAAAGCUUGUGCGCGAGCUGUACGCCAAGAUUGCGUCGUUGGAAGCGGAACUGCUCUCCCAUCGACAAGCUGCACAACCGCCACCUUAUGCCGCUCGUGAGAACAUUGGCCGUGAUAUUACCCGUGAUGUCUCGGGAAACAUCCGUCGAGACAGCUUCCAUCAUGUCAUUGGCAUCGACGACCGCAACACACCAGAGUGCGACGAGCUCGUCGGCCCUGUGACAACGUCAUCACCCGGCAGCCAGAGCGACCGUUCCGGAGGUGCCGCCUCGUUGUCGUUGGACUACGUGAUCAUCCGGCUCUGCGGCGGCUAUCGGCAUCUCAGCAGCAACUGCGUAAGUCAGCCGCGUUACAACGGCCCGACUUCGAGCCUGAACCCAGCCGAGAGUGUAGCAUCCUCCGUUUUGUCGAGAAGCGAGGCGACCACGCAGCCUUCGCACAAUGGCGGCCGCGUCGUGUGGCAGGACAUCGUGUCGGAAUCGCUGCAAGAGCACUUGUUUGAGCUCUACUGGAAAUACCAGCACCAGGUCAUCCCCAUCAUCCACAAGGAGGCGUUUUUGCACGACUUUAAGAGUGGCCAGACAGAGUACUGCAGCAAGCUGCUGGUGCACUGCAUUUUAGCGCGGGCGGCUGCCAUCUCAGACCGGCCCGGCAUCCGUGCCCUGGCGCUGGUGAAGGACGAAGUCAACGAGGAUCCGCCUUUGCUGGUGCGGCGGUGCGCCGAUUUGUUCGAUGCGGAACUCAGCCAUCCAGGCAUUACGACACUGCAGUCCCUCGAGCUGCUCAGCGAGAUCUACGGUGUGGUGAGCAACGAAACCAAGGGCUGGAUGUACGCCGACCGGGCGAGCCGGUUGGCCUUUGAGUUGGGCCUGCACAGUGACAUGGAAGGCUUCCACUCGGAUCAGGAGACGGCUACCAGCCUGACGCCCAUGGCGAGGGAGGUGCGCCAAACAUGUUUCUGGGGUUGCUUCUCGUUUGACCGGCAAUGGGCGCUAUACUCGGGCAGACGCCAAAUGAUCAAGUUCGACGAUGUAACCGUCCAAAAGCUCAGGCCGUCCGUGGCUGGAGGCAACAUGGGGUCACUGGAGCUGCGCAUGUCGGUCGCCUGGGCCGACUUGUUGGAGAUUGUCGGCAUCAUGUGCGACGCUCUCAAUGGCGCCCAGACGACGCGCCACCGUGUGGCUGCUCUCGACCGCAGUUUCCGUGACUGGUACACCAAUUUGGAUGCCGAGUUCCGGUACAACCCCCAACAAAUCCCAGCCGUCUUCCAUCUUCACAUGCAGUACUCUGCCGCCGUCAUCCUGCUACACCGGCCACUGGCGCAGUUUGGUGCCGAGCCAACACCGCACGCCAUUGCAUAUGGUCCCUACAGCUCCCACAACCGCCCCUCGCCCAAAGAGACCUCCCGCCAGAUCUGUAUCCAGCAUGCCUGCCUCAUCGCCCAGUACCUGCAGCAGUACGAGGAGUGCCACGGCAGCCUGCACACCCUGUCGUGGGUCACGCUGCACAUGAUCAGCACGGCUGCCACGACGCUGAUUGCCACGCUGUCGGAAAGACGAGACAACCCUGGAAGUAACACGCCUUACCUCGUGUCGUCUCUCCAGAUGUGUAUUCGAACCCUGGGCGCCCUCGAGGAGAGCCAUCUGCCGGCACGCAGAGUGCGCAAACUCAUCCUGCACGCCAUGCGCCUGCUGAACCUGGAGAGCAUGCUGGCAUCGGUCGCCAGGACUACCGAAAGUGCUGGAGCUCCUGUGACGCCGUUGAUGUCGCCGUCGUCCCCCCCUUUUGUCGCACCCAUCCAUACGCCGACUGGCACGUGGGCCCCGGCUUCGUUGGAUAUGCCGAUAGGCGGUAUCUGGGCCGGCGAGACUCACUCGACCAUGCAUGCCGAGGCCGCUAUCUUUGACGAGUUUCUGCCGCCGGGUUACUAUGUCUCGCACGCCGAGAUGCUCUUGUCUUUUGAAGCGCUGCUGUAUUAG